AUGCCUCUUCAGCUCCUGGCGCAGCAGUACCUGCCCAUAUCUCCACGACACGUGAGUCUCCUGACGACGGACGGUAGUGGGGGGAAUCCGGCGGCUGUGGUUGCCGUGUCGUCUGCCUUUGACCCGCUCAAUCGUGUCUUUUUUCUCGAGUGGGACGACCCAAUGGAGGCGGCGAGCUUCCGCCUCUCCCACGUCUCUGUCCCAGGCAGCAGCGUGACUGCAAUUGCCCUCAUGCUGUCUUCCGAGGGCGUGGUGCACUGCGUUGUGCAGGGCAGGGAGGGAAAUGGCAACGGCGUGGGCGAUGGCGGUGCCACCGCCGUCUCGUACGUGUACCGUCGGACCGAAAAUAGUGACGAGGACAGUUAUGACGAGGAUGGUGGAGCAGCAGUGACGUACCGAAAGCUGCCCAAGGCUGUGGAGGAUGAUGGUAGAGGCUGGACAACGGCUUUGCACCUUCAUCGCGGCAGCUGCAGUCGUCUUGUUGGCGAGGGCGGUGAGGGUCGGGUUGUGGUGGCAUGCGGAGGUGAACGGGGGGAGGCGAAUGCCUUGAAGCUGCUGCGCCUAAGAGGCACGCGAAUGGCGGUUCAGCAGACAAUUGAACUUCCGGCGCUGUCUACAUUUCCUGUGUUGCAGCUGCGUGAGAUAGACGGCGACGCCGCCUCUGUCCUGGCACUGUGCCACCAUGCCGUUCUUGAGGUUGACACCCGCCUGAAGCAGAGCGACAGUGUCGUGCGUGCGUGGAAAUGGACGCCGCAUGAUCCGCUUAUUGCCCUUGCCGUGAAGGACAACUCCAUUGUGGCGGGAACGGAGGAAGGUGUUCUUGUUUUGUGGGAUCUGCGUCUCUCGGCGGUGCGCGAGAAGAGCAGCGGGACGGUGGACCACAGCCCCCCCAUGUGGCGCCCCGGUGACCGGGCUUCACAUGCCGUACAGCAUGGGCCUGUUGUCGUGUCACGCAGAUGGUUCUGUUCUCACGUGGGACAGGCGCACCACAACUGA